UUUUCAUUAUGGGCAGGUUUAAAACACCUGAAAUCUAGUUUAUUUUAUGACUUCAUUCCAUAACAUGUAUUUCCAUAAAAUGAAGAUUCCAGGUUGAAAAUACACUAUAUGACCUAGGCCUAUUUAAUUUGUUUCCUUUUGACGUUCUGAAAUUGGUGAGCAAAUUAUGACUAAUACCUCCCCUUGUACUUGACAUGUUUCUCAAGUCAUUCAUGUUUUUUCCCUUUUGUCUUUUUUGCCUCUGCUGUGCAUGUUACGACUCGCCCUUUACACAUGUACACUGUACACACCCUCUGAUAUACUUACACCAUGGGCCACACAAAAGCCAUGCAUCUUGGCACGCUGACUUGACUAUAUUCCAGUCAUUGUUGAUAUAACAGCAAUCAUUUUUGGUAUAGGCUAUUUGGUCAGUUAUUUUCCACCAAAUUCUCACCCAGUCCUUGUUGUCAACCACCUAAACAGGCUUGUAUUAUUUUCUAAGAAGUCAUGUGUUCCCGGAUUUGUGAGCAGGCAGGCGAACCCGAGGCCAUAUCCUGUGUUGGUUGUGUUAUCAGCACAAAAGAGUGUGUAAUGCCAGGAGGAGUGUCAGAGGUGACGGACCAUCCUGCAGCCUGUUUCCUGCCCAGCCCCAGCCCCAGCCCCACAGUGGAGUGGACUGGUUUGGAGUGGAGUUGAGAUACUACUUUGGCCUCAUGUGCUAGUCCUAGAACUCUAGUCCUGAGUCAAUCAGUUACUCGGGGAAAACUCCCACAAAGCUUUCCUUCAUGGUAGUUUGCCGCUGACCCGUCGGCGAGAGAGUAGGGGCAGGGUACUUUUGAAAUCGGAUUACCCCCCAUGGCACAUACUCACACGAGCUUAUAUUCAACAACCUCUUUGAAGUGGACCCUGCUAUUACCUGCUCUGUGUGCGGUUCCAAUGGCGUUCCUCUUGAGGCCUGAUUGGGGCAGUGGUGCCCACUAACCCUCCUGCAAAUCUGUCCAUACCAGCCAAUGGCAAUGCCUCGCUUCUGCCGUCAUCGACCAACCAGAAGUUGCCGCUCCCUGUGGAGCCUCAUUCCUACCUAGCAGUGGGUUUCUGUGAGACCAAACUCAUCCAUCCCAUCCCAGCCCUUGGACCCAUCACUUCACUACCCACCGGCCCACUCGCUGGCUAUAUAGAUAAGGUGUCCGGUGAGACCAGAGCCCAGAGAUCAUCCCAACAGCUCCCUACCCUGAAAGUGAGACUAACCUACCUGCAUCAGGCCAGAGAGGCAGUGCACUCAUCCAGCACAGCCGACCAGCCCUCUUCCCCCUAUCUAGUACUGGGUAGUGGGCACACCAGGAUCCACCCACCCAUCCCAGGCUUCCGGGAAGUACUCCAGCCUGCAAGCCACGUGUGUCGCUCCCCUUCCAUAGUAGUGAGAUCAACCCAGCCUGCUAACCCCCUUCGUUCCUGUCUAGUUCUGGGUACCACUGACGCCAACCCACCCGCCCCAGGCCCCCGGGGAGUUCUCCAGCCCGCAGGCUGUGUAUCUGGCUCCCGUUCCCCGCGUGCUGCAGCUGAUGCCGGACAGCUAGAUGUGGGGCUGAGAGCCAUGCCUGGGCCUCGCCUCGCUUUGCUGGCCCUCCUGUGUGCACCGCUGCUCUGCCUCGCACACGGCCAGCAGCCCCCCGUCACAGCCCCCAGCCCACGCAAGACUCUGCACCACCAGGAUGCCCACGCCAGGGUGUUCCGUGAGGAGGGCGUGUGGAACUACACCACCAUGCUGCUGAGGGAGGACCUGGGCCUGCUGAUGCUGGGGGCCCGCGAGGCCAUCUACGCACUCAACAUCAGCGACAUCUCACACAGCCAGUCUGCCGUUUAUUGGCGUGUACCUGAGGACAAACAGACCCAGUGCACCUACAAGGGGAAGAACGCUGAUGUGGAGUGUCGAAACUACAUCCGUACGCUGCAUAAGAUCAACAGCACCAGCAUGUACGUGUGUGGCACCAACGCCUUCAGCCCCACGUGUGACUAUCUGGUCUUUGCUGAUGGUCAGCUGAGGCUGGGGGAGGUGCAUGAGGAGGGGAAAGGGAAAUGCCCCUUUGACCCCUUACAGAGAUACGCCUCCCUCAUGGUCGGUAAUGACCUUUACUCUGCCACGGCUAUCAACUUCCUGGGCUCGGAGCCAGUGUUGCUGCGCAGCUCCCAUACCACCCUCCGCACAGAGUUCAAAAGCUCCUGGCUCAACGAACCCAACUUUGUGUACAUGAACCUGGUUCCGGAGAGUGACAACAGUGCCGAUGGGGAUGACGAUAAGGUGUACCUGUUCUUCAGUGAGAACGCUGUGGAGUACGACUUCUACAGCAAACUCAUGGUGUCCCGAGUGGCCCGCGUCUGCAAAGAGGACAUGGGCGGCCAGCGUACGCUGCAGAGGAAGUGGACGUCCUUCCUGAAGGCGCGUCUCGACUGCUCGGUGCCGCAGCCCAGCCUGCCCUACAUCGUGCAGGACAUCUUCCUGCUCAGCGGAGACUCCUGGGAGGACGGGGUCUUCUACGGUGUCUUCACACCCCAGUCGGAGUCGUCAGACUUGUCCGCAGUGUGUGCGUACAGCAUCACAGACAUCAGGAAUGUGUUCUCGGCGGGAAAGUACAAGACGCCGGUAUCAGUGGAGACCUCGCACAUCAAGUGGGUGAUGUUCAGCGGAGACGUGCCCUCCCCUCGACCUGGAGCGUGCAUCAACGACGCGGCACGUAAGCAGGGCAUGAAGCGGUCUUUGGACCUGCCAGACAAGACGCUGCAGUUCAUCCGCGACCGGCCCCUGAUGGACGACGCGGUGCGGCCCAUCACCGGGGCCCCGCUGCUGCUCAGGAGGGGCCCCGCCUUCACACGCAUCGUCGUCGACAACGUAGCCUCGCUGGAUGGACAAACGCACCCUGUCAUGUUCAUCGGCACCGAGAACGGCUUUGUGCAGAAGGCUGUGAACUAUGGAGGCGACAUGCACAUCAUUGAAGAGGUGCAGCCUCUCGACACAGAUCAACCCAUCAAGACAUUACGCCUGUCACUCAGCACGGGCCAGCUGUAUGUGGGUACAGAGGCGGGGGCUGCCCAGAUGCCCCUGAGUGAUUGUGGCCGCUACUCCUCCUGCCUGGACUGUGUGCUGGCUAGAGACCCCUACUGUGCAUGGAGUCUCACAGACAGCGUUUGUGCCACCCUGCCACGCUCGCCAGACACCGACGAUGGGAGUUUGCUGCAGAGUCUUAAAGCGGGAGAUGCCUCCUCCUGUCCAGAGCCUACUCCGGUGGCGUCCAAGGCCACGCAUGUAGCUAUGGACAGCACGGUGCGUCUGGACUGCCAGGUGGACUCCAACCUGGCAGAGGUGAGCUGGCUCUUCAACGGGGAGCCUCUGCAGGUGUUGGUCCAGAAGCACUACCUGUUCCCCCAGGGCCUGCUUCUCCUCUCCGCCUCCACCAGCGACCUGGGGGAAUACACCUGCCAGGCCACCGAGCACUCAGGUGGCCACCCCUACUCACACGUCAUAGCCGCCUACCAGCUGCUGCCCCUGCAGCCUGUCAUCCCAGAGCCUGGCGUAGGGGAGGGAGGGGGAGAGGGAGGGGAUGACCAGGGGGAUGGGACAGAUGAGGACGAGGGUCCUGGAGCUACUGAGCCCCCAGUUAGCAAGGUGACUGCACCCAAGAAGGGCACCACCACAACGGGUGGAGACGACGACUCGACCCCCGAGCAGCCUCAACCCAACGCAGAGGUGCGGCAGGUAACGGGGCUGCAGGUUGCCGUGGCGUCGCUAGCGUUGAUUCUGAUCGGUGUGCUUGGGGUCGGCCUGUUUCUCGGCAGGGGUCGCAUUCGCUCCCGCUUCCGAUCGACACCCAGCUCCGCCAGGAACGGCACGGCGUACCACCCGGCACCGCAGGGCAAGGAGGACAACCACAGAACUGACCAGAACUUUAACACCCCCACCACCGUCACCUUCAGUGGGAAAGGGGUGAGCAACGGACCAUCGGUGGCCAUAACCACCAUCGGAGAGGAGUCGGAGAUUUAACACUGGAUGCAAACUCAUGACACUGAGCUGAAGGACUCAGGGAGACGGGGAAACUUGAACAUUGACCUCUGCUGGAAAAGUCACUGUCAUCUCAGCAAACCAAAUAAAUGAACAUUGAAUGGCUUCAGAUUUUUUUAUAUUCAUGUCAUUCAAGUGGUAAAUAUUUUUCAGCCCUUCUUGGCUGAUCAGAGAAAUGGCAGCAUUUGGUAUCUUUUUGUUUCUCAAGAAGGCCUGUAAGGCUUAUGCAACGUCAAGGCAACACAUUUUUCACUGACUGAAUGAAUGAAUAGUCAGAUCACUGCCGUGUAAAUGUUGUAUAAAUAAUUUUUAUAAGUGUAUAUUUUGGAAAAAAAAAUGUUUUUGUAUUGCAUUUGUAAGCCCCACCCGUAGCAUAUGAAUAAGAUCCAGUACGCUGUAUUAAAUUGGGCUUUCUCUA